CAUGGAGGAAUGCUCCGACACUACUUGGUCGUUGGAGUACUAUAGGUGUCGGCCCUUGCCCUAUCCACAAUGAAGAUGAAGUGUCUUGCACAGUGGUUGCUGCUUGUCUUGGCAACAGGCAACAUUUGUGAGGUAACGCCUCUAACUCCCAGAGGCGGAAUGGCAGGUCUCCAGGGACUCUUCCCCAGAAAGGAGCCUGGCGCGAGCCCCCUUCCACCACCACUAGCCGACCGCGCAUUCACGGCUGUGUGGAACGUCAGAAACUCUGAUCGCUGCCUGACAAAGUUUGGUAUCGACCUGGACUUGGGCUCCAACGGCAUCCAGACGAACUCUCCAACAGGAAAUGACGUCAUGGUGUACUUCAACCACGAAGAUCUUGGAUCAUACCCAUACAUCGACCAUGGCCAGUUUGUCAAUGGAGGGCUCCCCCAGCUUGUCAACAUGACAACUCAUCUCGAGAAGGCAACAGUUGAUAUCCUGAAAACCAUCCCGGACGCGAACUACUCUGGCCUGGCUCUCAUCGACUGGGAGUUCUGGAAACCCGUGAGUAUAAGGAACAAAGUGUACCUUUCCGAGUCGGUGGCGCUGGUGCGCCGUCGUCACCCGUCGUGGGACCAGGGGACCGUCGAGGCAACGGCCAAGACAGAGUUCGAGGAGGCGGCAAGGUCCCUGUACGAAGGCACGGUGCUACUAGCCCAUCAGCUACGACCGAAGGCACUGUUUGGCUUCUAUCGCUUCCCGUACUGCGACAACCACGCAGACGCUCGGUACUGCAAUCAGGCGUCAGUGCUCUCCAACGAUCAAAUGUCUUGGCUGGUUGAUGCCUCACCAACCCUCUACCCGUCCAUUUACAUGCAGGAGGAGGACACUCGGACAGACACUGCUGUCUACAUCGACACCAUCCUUCAAGAAGCUCUGAGAGUCAGACAGAACUCCAAGGACCCCAUCAAGCCGAUGUUCAGUUAUAUCGCCCUCAACUACUCCCACACCGGUCUAAACCUCAACUUGGAGGAUAUGUACAACUCAAUCCUGCUGCCUGCUGAGCAAGGCCUGGCAGGUGUGGUCUUCUGGGGCGACAACAAUGACACCAGCAACCGAGCAGCCUGCCUGGGUCUUCAAAAAGACGUCAAAUUAGCCCUUGGCCCAUUGGUUCUGAAAACAACCCAAGCAGCAGCGCGGUGUUCUGCCUCUCUUUGCAGCGGACACGGCAGGUGUGUGGGGAAGAUUCUAGAAUGCAUCCCUCAUCAGAAGGACAUCUCAGGGGCGCCCUCUGGUGUUACUAAAGGCAGGAUCUUUAGCUUUGGUGCAAAGAAGUCUUCAAAAUGUCGGUGUCAGUGCUAUGAUGGAUGGGGCGGACCGAACUGCAGUAUCGUUGCUUACUCACCUGCAGUGCAAUUACUUUAGUAUAUUAAUAAAACAGGUGUUCCGUUAAAUUCCAACCUGUUUCCAAACGUGUAUGAGGAAUGCUAGUUUUCAAUAUGAUAUAAUACAAUUAUUGUUGUGUACGAGUAAUCUGUUACACGGUGUUUUUUUAAUGUAAACUUUUCAAACAGGUCUGCUCUGAUUUUACAAGGAGCUGUCAGUUCACCUUAACUUAACUAAAUUAACUUAGUUUUCUGUUUGCGAUUUGUAUUUAAAAGUGUCACAGUGUCAUUAAGACAGUAUUAACCACAAGCAUUAACCAUUAAAGUUGCUUUUUCAAAAUUUCAAUUUUCAUUUCCCAGCGAAAUGGAAAGGAAUAUUAUAGGCCUAUCUGUAACAGAUAAAUUUGCUUGUUUGCUUUUGCAGGCCUUUACACAGUUUUUAAAAAAUAUAUUUUAAUUGGCGCGCUCAAGUGCAGAAAAUGCGCACAACUAUUCAGAACGAAUUAGGAGCGUCUCGCUCCUAAUUCAAAAGUUGAAAUUAAGUGAUUGAUUACUGGUCAUGGGCCGCGAUUUUUGUUCGUGCGAUGUCUCAUUGGUAAGCUCAUAACUAAUGUAAUGCUAGAAAAGUAUCAAUUGAACUUGUAAGUCUAUUUUUCAACGGGUGCCACACCCAAAAAGCACGUGUACCCAACUUUAACAAUCACCUGUUUCGAUGUCCAUUUCCGGAUUCCACCACCUCUACAAGAUUGUUCUUGUAGUUUUGUCAGGUGGAUUAUGUCCAGUAAAAUUGGUUGGCAAUGCAACAAGAUGAUGGAUCGUCAAAGAUGGAAUCCACUGGAGAGCAGUCAACCGUUCCUCUCUUAAUUUGUGAAUUUUAGUUGCAAGGAUCCUGCAGCCUUCUGGCAUUGUCAUGAGCGCAUUCUCAUAAUUUUGAAACCAUUGAAAUUGCAGAGCAAUUUACAGUUGCAAUUCCCUAUCAAAAAUGUCAAAGAGAUUAGGUAGCUGAUAAAACAUAAUAAUAAUAAUAAUAGACCUUUAAAUAUUUGGAUUCGUGGUUAAUAACCUUUUCCACAACCCGCGAUAGCAAUGUCGAAGUAAAUAUAUACACUUUUUUGUAAAGAGACGGAUUUUUUUAUACAUGGGAAAAGGAAUUGUGUAAUGUAAAAGAAAGAUUGCCUUUAACAAUGAAUUGUAACAACAAUUUUAUUGACAAUGAAUUGUAAGAGGCUCUAUUCCUGAAUGAAUUUUGCAACCCUAACAAAAUUGAAAUAUACAGUGUGUGUCAAAAAAAUUGCAAACAAAAUAUACCGGGAUGCCAGACGUAGAAUGUAAGACCAACAUAGAUAAUAUAGGUAUGGUUUGAUAGAUACACAUUUCCACAUUAAAAUGAGACAUCAAAUGUCCAAAUCUGUUACUUUUUGACAGAGUUAUGAGUAAUUUUCCAAGAGAG